CCUCAAACAGUCACAACUGUUGACGCCUACCUCCCUCUCCCCUACCUCCUGCGUUUUGUGCCCCUCAGCCCCGCCCUCGCCUCUCCCACAUCUCUCCUCUGUAGCCCGCGCAAAUAUACUCAAUCGAAGCCACCAUUACCACGAUCAAAUUGUUGUUCCAGUACAUCCUUAAAAGUCUCAAAAAAAGAGAAAGUGUCACUUGAGUGGUGUUUGCUUCAAGAGGCUGUUGUUGAAAGCUUGAACAUUUUCGGCCGUUCGGUGAAGAAGGGUCUGAAAAGGCCUCAACAGAACACAACACACACCACUUUCCAAUUCUUCGCUUGUGCUCGGAAUCUCACGACCAUUUCACUAAUCAAGGCUGCUCUCAUCGUCAAAUUCCAACGUUAACCUUCAUCCCAGGAUGGCGAUCACAAAGAUCCACGCUAGAUCGGUCUACGACUCCCGUGGCAACCCCACCGUGGAGGUCGACGUCGUCACUGAGACUGGCCUUCACCGUGCCAUUGUUCCAUCCGGCGCCUCCACUGGCCAGCAUGAGGCUUGUGAGCUCCGUGAUGGUGACAAGACUCACUGGCUCGGAAAGGGUGUCUUGAAGGCUGUCAAGAACGUCAACGAGGUCAUUGGCCCCGCCGUCAUCAAGGAGAACAUUGACGUGAAGGACCAAUCCAAGGUCGACGAAUUCUUGAACAAGCUGGAUGGUACCGCCAACAAGUCCAACCUUGGUGCCAACGCCAUCCUUGGUGUCAGUCUGGCUAUCGCAAAGGCUGGUGCUGCUGAGAAGGGCGUUCCACUUUACGCGCACGUCUCCGAUCUUGCCGGGACCAAGAAGCCAUACGUCCUUCCCGUACCAUUCCAGAAUGUCCUUAACGGGGGUUCCCAUGCUGGUGGCCGCCUCGCCUUCCAGGAAUUCAUGAUUGUUCCAUCUGCCGCCCCUUCUUUCUCUGAGGCCCUUCGCCAGGGCUCCGAAGUCUACCACAAGCUCAAGGCACUUGCCAAGUCCAAAUAUGGCCAGUCUGCUGGCAAUGUUGGUGACGAGGGUGGUGUCGCUCCCGAUAUCCAAACUCCCGAGGAAGCUCUCGACUUGAUCGCCGAGGCCAUCGAGCAGGCAGGUUAUACCGGCAAGGUAAAAAUUGCCCUCGACGUUGCAUCCAGCGAGUUCUACAAGCCGGAGGAGAAGAAAUACGACCUUGACUUCAAAAACCCUAACAGCGAUAAGAGCAAGUGGGUCACAUAUGAGGAGCUCAGCGAUCUCUAUAAGAAGUUGGCCAGCAAGUACGACAUCGUCAGCAUUGAGGAUCCCUUCGCCGAAGACGACUGGGAGGCGUGGAGCUACUUCUUCAAAACCUCUAACAUGCAAAUCGUCGCGGAUGACCUUACUGUCACCAACCCCAUCCGCAUCAAGAAGGCCAUUGACCUCAAGGCAUGCAAUGCUCUGUUGCUCAAAGUGAACCAGAUCGGCACCUUGACCGAAUCCAUCCAGGCCGCUAAGGACUCGUACGCUGACGGCUGGGGUGUGAUGGUAUCUCACCGUUCCGGUGAGACCGAGGACGUCACCAUUGCCGACAUUGUCGUCGGACUGCGCUCUGGCCAGAUCAAGACUGGCGCCCCUGCCCGGUCCGAGCGUCUUGCCAAGCUGAACCAGAUCCUCCGCAUCGAGGAAGAGCUUGGUUCCAGCGCUGUCUAUGCUGGAGAGAACUUCCGCACUGCAGUAAACCUGUAAGAAAAUGAAUAAAAAAUAAAAGAGAUGAAGGACGGAAAAGAACGAAUCGAAUCGAAAUCCGGUAGUCAAUACGGAGUACAUCCGCGAAAUAGCUAAGAAUUUGUAUCAAAAUAAGGAACGUGUUUUGCCUUUAAAUUAGGAAAUUGAAGCCUCACAACAUU